GCGAUACGCGUGAACCAUCUGGAUUACGCAGAAUUUGUCUUGUGCGAGCCGUUACUAAUCUCCUGUUGAAGUAUUAACCCGAGAUUGUUUAUAUGCCAUUAAAAACAGACAGUUGAGUCCCAAUGAUACUCUGACCCUCCAAACGUUCGUUCUCCUCAAGCGAAAAAAACAUCACGGAAAACUUGUUGUAGUAAACUCACGCGAUGGUAAACGGAACGCGGUUUUUUCACGUGACGGCCGCCGUAUUGGCCGUGUUGCUAGUGGCCGCUCACGUGCGGCGGUGCCACGCCGCCAACAUACUGGCUGUGGAGACGGUGCCGGGCCGGAGCCACUGGAACUUCAUGAGCGCCGUACUGCGAGCGCUGACAAACCGUGGACACCGGGUGGUGGCGUACACGUCUUACCCCGGUGAUGACGACCGCGACAACUACACCGAAAUAGACACGUCACACGUACUGCAGCGGCAUUCGGGCGAAUCCGUGUCUUCGCUGUUCUACGACUACAAUCGAUUGUCGUAUUUCGUUCCGUCCGUUGUCCAAUGGAGCCGUCAGUUCUGCGACGCGAUUUACGAUAUGAAACAGAUCCGAGCCAUCAUGACAAACGGUUCCACCGAGUUCGACCUGCUGGUGACCGAACCGCUGGGCUCGGAAUGCGUGUCGCACCUGGCCACCGCCGUCGGGCUGCCCAUGAUAUACGUCGUGCCGUCGCCCAUGAUCAGCUACAUGCAACCGUCGAUCAUCGGGCACGCGGCCAAUCCGGCAUAUGUACCUCACCUGUUAUACGGAUCCCGUUUGAACACGUUUCAUCACCGGUUGGCCAACACGGCCGUUUACGCUUACGGACAGUUGGUGCGGUGGUACGCCGAACGCACGUCCCACUGGCGGCCGUACGAUACGGCCAACAAGGCUAAACCGUCUGUAGUGUUAGUCAACAGCCAUCAUAUCACUGAACCGGCCAUGCCGCUGGCCCCCAACAUCGUUCACGUAGGCGGCAUACACUUGAGCAAGCCACCCCGUCAAAUACCACAGAACAUUUUAAAAUUUAUUGAAAACUCGCCGAACGGCGUCAUUUACUUCACUUUCGGAUCAGUCGUGGAUAUGUCGACUUUACCAGAACACAUUCAAAACACGUUUAAAAACGUAUUUCGCCAAAUCCCACAGCGCGUCUUGUGGAAAUACGAAGGUGAAAUGAAAGACAAACCAGACAACGUGAUAACCGGUACUUGGUUCCCUCAACGCGAAAUUCUUCUGCAUCCCAAUGUGAAGUUGUUCAUCAGCCACGGCGGCAUAUCGGGCGUGUACGAGGCGAUAGAUGGUGGCGUGCCGGUUUUGGGUUUUCCCGUUUACUACGACCAACCGAGAAACCUACAGAACCUAGUGGCCGCCGGUAUGGCUAUCACCAUGGACCUGAUGACCGUCGAGGAAUCUGAGUUAUUGGUCAGCAUCAAGGAGCUCCUGUUCAACGCCAAUUACACGAAAAACGCGCAGAUCAAUUCGAGGCGGUUCAAGGACAGACCGGUGUCGCUCGAGAAUUUGGUGGUCUACUGGACCGAGUACGUGCUCAGGCACAACGGCGCCCACCACCUCAAAUCAGACGCGCUCAACCUGGCUUGGUAUCAGUACCUGUUGUUGGACGUCAUUGCGGUCGUGUCCGUGGCGUUUCUGGUGGUCGUCUACCUGUUUUGCAAAAUCACCAAGGCCGCUAGUACCUUAGCCUCGAAACUUUUGAGAGACGCGUUGAUGGCGAGUGCGGCCAACAAAAUCAAAGGAGAAUAAGUAUCAACGCAAAACACAAGAAAUGUAUCGAUUUCUGUACAGAAUAUCUACCGGGUGUCCGGUCGCACUGAGAGAUAAGUUACGAUGGUUGUGCCUUUUUAAAAUAUGACAAAAUAGUGUAACUAUUAUAUCUACCCGAGAUUAGCUCGACAAUAUAGACGAAGGCAAACGAUUAGGGAAUUUCGAUAGUUAGAACGCAAGACAUUUUAUGAAAUUAUGUAAUUUUUUUCUAUUAUUACAACGCAUAUUACAGACAUAGUCAUAAUGUUUACGGAGCAGAGUUGUUCAAUUAGAAACGGCGAGUUGACCGUUGUUUAGUAAAUAAUUAAGACAGCGGUUGAUUUUUGUAACUAUAUUAUCAAAUAAUAAAUGUACAUAAACUUAACACUAAU